ACUUUCACUCAGCUGCCGUGUUGUGUUACUGGAGGCGGAAGUGCGUGUUUGUCGUGUGUGGUUCCCUCAUGGCUCGUGUCAGGGGGUCAGAGACGCUGUGUUGCCCGAGCUUUGUAUGUGGGGAAAUUGAAGUUGAUUGUCAGUGAGUGAAUGAAGCAGAGGAUCAUUAGGAGACCUUGUUCUGUAGUUGCUGGGACUGGAGCAAUUUGGUACCAGGAAGGCCCUGAAACUGCCUCUGAUUGGUGGGAGAGAAUCAGUGUCCCUCUAUUGGGGAGUGUGACAGAGGGAACCUGCAAUGGCUGACGAGAAGCAAGACUGGACAUCAGAGGAGACCAGAGAAAUAUUAGCUCAGGGAAAGGAGUCAGACGGCCAUGCUGGAACAUCAGGGGAGGCCAGAGAAAUGUUAGCUGAGGGAAAGGAGGCAGACGGCCAUGCUGGAACAUCAGGGGAGGCCAGAGAAAUAUUAGCUGAGGGAAAGGAGGCAGACAGCCAUGCUGGAACAUCAGGGGAGGCCAGAGAAAUGUUAGCUGAGAGAAAGGAGUCAGACGGCCAUGCUGGAACAUCAGGGGAGGCCAGAGAAAUGUUAGCUGAGAGAAAGGAGGCAGACGGCCAUGCUGGAACAUCAGGGGAGGCGGCAUAUUUAGUAGAGGAUGGAACUUGUGUCCCUCUCGACAGGGAAAGUGGGGUUGUGGCAUUAGGGGAUGUAGAGGAAUUAGUAGUGGCUGGAAGCAAUGCUCCUCAGAUGACAGAGAGCAAGGCCCGGUUAUUGGAGGCUGAAGCAUUCGAUAGUGAGAUGAUGAGGGUUCAUGGGCAGAGCAGUGGCAUGGAGGGCGCACAGCUGGGAGAAAGCUCACAAAUGCCAAGAGAUGUCCCACCCAAUGGCAACGGAGAAGAAAAGUCUGAUGAUAACGCUGCUCCAAAUGAAACAAACACUGGGAUAUUGGACAGAAAGGAAGAAGAUGGGACUUUUCAGGGCCCUGCAGCCAAGGUAGCACGGGUCGAUGAGUUUGCUCCAGUCUGUGAUGUCUGCUUAGAGGAAACAGCGGAGGUAUCAAUGGAGGAGCAGGCAGUAGAGCAGAGGAUAGAAGCUGCAGCAGAGACAGAGGAACCGGCUGAGCACUUGGAAGAAUCAUAUUGCUCUGCCCAGUUUGACUUUUCCUCUCAGCCCUGGGCGCUCGCAGGAGCUUGGCAUGAAUAUUCAGCAGUGCCUGAGAACUUCCUGAAAGGCUGCAAAUGGGCCCCUGAUGGUACCUGCCUACUGACCAACAGUGAUGACAACAUCUUGCGGAUAUAUAACCUUCCACCUGAGCUGUACUCGGACAACUGGGAUGUACUGGAGGAAAUGCGCCCUGUUCUACGUAUGGCUGAAGGGGACACCAUAUAUGACUACUGUUGGUACCCCAGUAUGAAUUCCUCUGACCCCACCACCUGCUUUGUGGCCAGCAGCUGUAAAGAUAACCCAAUCCAUGUGUGGGACGCAUUCCACGGCCACCUGAAAGCAUCGUAUCGGCCGUACAACCACUUGGAUGAGCUGACAGCGGCACACUCUCUCUGCUUCUCUCCUGAUGGUGAGCAGCUCUUCUCUGGAUUUGAAAAGAUGAUUCGGGUGUUUGAGACAUCUCGGCCUGGGAGGGACUGCGAGUGUCGCCCUACUUUCCAUAAGAAGCAGGGUCAGGCUGGUAUCAUCUCCUGCAUCGCCUUCAGCCCCACUCAGGAUAUUUACGCCUGCGGCUCUUAUUCGAAGUCUCUGGGAUUGUACUCCCGGCAGGAAGGGGUCACCCUGGCAAUUCUGCAGGGGCAUCAGGGUGGCAUCACCCACCUAGUUUUCUCUCCUGAUGGCAACUGUAUUUUCUCAGGGGGACGAAAGGACCCUGAGAUCUUGGGUUGGGAUGUCCGUUACCCUGGGAACGUUCUGCUCUCCGUGAAACGCAAUGUUGCCACAAACCAGAGAAUUUACUUCGAUGUUGACGUCUCCGGCCGUUACCUGGUAAGCGGGGAUACGCAGGGCCUAGUUACCGCCUGGGAUAUAUCCAGUCAGUCUGAGGAAGAAUUUGCCUCUCCCGUCCUACAGUUCCAGGCUCAGAAAGAUUGUAUUAAUGGCAUUAGUUUGCACCCGUCUAUGCCACUCCUAGCAACCGCCUCAGGCCAGAGGAAGUUUCCGGAGUUGGGAGAAGACAGCGGUGAUGAGACAGAUGGACCUCCUGGUGUUGCUGGAGAAAACUCCCUGCAGCUUUGGUGGUGUAGGAGUCCAGCAAAUUAGAGUGUCAUCCAUGGGUGCAGAACAUUUUCACCAGGAGGUGUCUAAGAGAUAGACAGCAGGGACGAUGUUCUCUUAUACAUCCUAUUGCCAUGGGUGCUGCUGCCCUCCCACCCAAUCUCAGCCAUUCACGUGAAGCCCUCCGUGUUCAGCUACUUCCUUGUGUCAUGGGGACGCCAUGUUUACUUUUGGCAUUGACUCCAGAUGGUGUCAGUGUGGCAUCAGUUGCCUCAUUUUCAGGCACAUCUCCAUGAUCUUCCAUCUCACUGGUCAUCAAGGCCCAAUGGAUCCGUUACCAGCGCCAGAAUAUGGGCUUUGAUUUAGCUUUGGGCAACAGCAAUGACACCGGUUAGAAGAAAGAACCAGCAACAAGUUACCUAAUACGAGAUGUCUAUCUAUAUAUCUAUAUAUAUAUAUAUCUAUAUAUAUCUAUCUAUCUAUAUAUAUAUAUAUAUAUAUAUAUAUAUCUAUAUAUAUAUAUAUAUAUAUAUAUAUAUAUAUAUAUAUCUAUAUCUAUAUCUCUAGAUAGAUAGAUAGAUAGAUAGAUAGAUAGAUAUAAAAUCUCUGCAGCUUAUGCUCCAAUCACUGAAUGAAGCUCUCUCAUAUGGCUUGUAUAUAUUUUUUAAUAUAUACGUGUUCUCUGGUCUAUUUGUGUAUAAUAUAAUUUGUAUAGAAUGUUGUAUAGGUGGUCAUUCAUACAGAGCUUGUGGGGUGCUGCCGUACUGGAUUUGUAGGGUUAAGCAGUUGGAUGGAUUCUAAGCAAUUUGUUUCUGAAUUGGGAAUUAAAGGAGACAAGUUUUGGGAACAAUUAGCAAAUAUUUGUGUUUUUAUCAAUAUCCGCUCUGUGGCUUGCCCCGCCCACUGGCAGAAGCACCGCCCUGUUCCAUUAAAGAAACUAUAAAUGCGUUUUCCUGA